GCAGUGUACCGUCAACAACCACUCGCUCAGGAAACGAAAGUAAGUGGCAGAGCGUUGUGUGUCCACUCUCUUCUAAUACGCUGCCGCUAUAUCAAACUGACGCUCUCUUCCUGCAGCAGCUGUUCAGGGACCUAACACCAGGAGUGAGCGACCGUAAUGUGUUCCUGGUUGAUGUUUCCUGCAACUACCGACCACUGUAUCGUUCCCUGUGCUCCGUGGAGAGCUGGGCACGUCAAAACCCAAGUCUUGUGGUGUGGUUCAUUAUGACGACGAUGAUCGUUGACGAUGGGGACGGCUUAAUUCGUCACCUCCUGCAUCACUACCCCAACCUGAACCUCGCGGGAGCUGAUCUCACCGACGUGUUUCAGAGAACGCCUCUGGAGAAAUUCUUUAACGGGAAAACGUGGACGAAAGAUGAAAAAUGGCUUAAGGUUCACGUGAGCGACAUGAUGAGGGUGGCACUGGUAUGGCACUGGGGAGGCAUCUACACUGACACCGACGUCAUCUGCCUGAAGGACAUGAGUCAUUUCAGCAACACGGUCGCUUUCCAAGCGCCUGGAAUCCUUGCCAAUGGCUUCUUCAAAUUCCAGUCUCAACAUAAAGUUCUAAAAUCAUACAUGAAAGUGAUGAUAAAGAAUUAUAAGCCGGGCGUUUGGGGAAGUAUGGGUCCAAAAUCCUUGUCCGAGGUCCUGAAGGCGGAGUGUAAGGUCAAGGAUUUAAGAAAACUACAUCCUAAGCUUCCCUUGACAUGCGGUGACGUAUCACUUCUCCCACCAAAGCAGUUUUAUCCUAUAAUUUGGCAGAACUACAAGAAAUAUAUGGAGCCCGGGAAGGGGAAGAACUUCACUGAGGAUUUUAAGGAGAAUUUCUCCCUACACGUGUGGAACAAGCUCAGUGUCGAUGAAGUGGUGCGGAAAGGAAGCAACAGUAUCUACGAGACGGCUGCCAAGACUCACUGUCCCAUCACCUACCAAUAUGCCACCCGGCGCUCACUCACCUUCUAGUCCACCUGAAUGAUGUUCAGUAUUCCCCUCUUAUCUGUCUUGCUGUUGCAUCUUUAUUCACCUGAACCAUAUCCUUCCUUCUCUGACCUGACUAUGUGUGACUCAAACCAUAAACAUCCUUCCCUGACCUGACUGUGUGCGAGUCAAACUGACUUAGGGUCCAAGAACCUUUGGAUGCUGUGGGAAGAAUUUGACAUUGAUCCCGUGGAAGGAAAGAAAUAUCUUUCCAAAACCCGAGCGCUGAUCGGGAUAUAUUUGUGUUUGCAGACGUGCCACAUUUUAUUAAAUUAAUUAGGAAUAAUUUUCACGAUUCAGGAUUUUACCUAAAGGAUGGAAGCUUUAUGUCUGAUUCCUCUAAUCGGGAAAUGAGGUCAGCAAGUAAGACAGUAUGGUUUAGCAUACAAACUAAGUGAAAUGCAUUUAAAUGUAUGGGCCCGCAACGACAGCGGGUUAAAUAUGCAGUCCAAUUGUUGUCAAAAACAUGUUCUAGCUCACUGAAAUAUCUUGGAGAAAGAGGACUACUAGAGAGUAGAAAUUGGGAAGAAACUGCUGACUUCAUAAUCUGGUGGACGAAUGGUUUGACAUUAUUAAUUCUUCUCAUAAAUUUUGUGAACAUCAAUCACUUAAUGCAUUUGGAAUUAAUUUAUGUGACCAAUUAAAUGUUCUGCACAGAAUGAUUGAAGUAGUGACAACAAUGAGGGUAAAAAACUCACUGUUGAUAGGCCUUUACAAGUUUCAGAAAGGAGUAAUAUUAUCAUAUCGGUCACUUAUAGGGUUGUACAAAAUGCCCCAGAAGUUUUUUAUCUUUAAUUCAUUCGAACUAGAAAAUUAAAUCAAGAUUGUCUGGAGCAUUUGUUUGGGUGCAUAAGACAGAUACAUGGAACCUACGACCAGCCAAAUGCUGUGAAUUUUAAGUUCAGGCCCAAGUAGUUACUCCUGGGAAAAGACGUUUAACUAAUUUCUGACAAGCUAUCACAACUAAUGAUAAUUUUGACUGCUUGUCAAGAAAUAUUGGUCUUAGACAAAAAAAUGAUAAAGGUACACCUUUCAAUGACAGAUAGCUGGCAGUAGAACCUUAUAUAACUAAUCACUGUUUCAAAGUCUUGGAUAUUGGUAAUGAAGUAGAAAAAGAGUUAAGUGAUGAGUUUGAUGAAAUCCUAGGAGAGUGUAUAAACCCUGACAAAAAUGACGGUAAAGCAAUACAUUGCAACAGUUAGAGAAGGAACAUCAACAGCACCUAGCUCAGUUGAGGGAUGCACUAGAUAGGGUAAAGACACAGU